GGAGAGGGGGGGAGGGGCGGGGAGCCGCCGCUCGAGGCACCGAGCGGAUCCCGAAGGCCGCUCCGCCGCCGGCAGCACCCGCGGCCCCCUCCUGUCGCGGCGAGGGAGGGGGGAGGCCGGCGGUAGCGCCGCCGUCAUGUCGGGCCGCGGGCACCACAAACUGCCGACCACAGAGCGCAUCGUCAAGGCCGUGCCGUUCCCCCCCACGCAGCGGCUGACGCUGAAGGAGGUGUUUGAGGAUGGCAAACCACGCCUGGACGUCCUCAAGAGCCACCUGGUGAAGGAGGGCCGCCUGGAGGAGGAUGCAGCCCUGAAGAUCAUCAACGACGGCGCGGCCAUCCUGCGGCACGAGAAGACCAUGAUUGAGGUGGAGGCUCCCAUCACAGUGUGCGGGGACAUCCACGGGCAGUUCUUUGACCUGAUGAAGCUGUUUGAGGUGGGAGGAUCACCCAACAACACCCGCUACCUCUUCCUGGGAGACUACGUGGACAGGGGCUACUUCAGUAUAGAGUGCGUGCUGUAUUUAUGGAGCUUGAAGAUAAACCAUCCCAAAACGCUGUUCCUCCUGCGAGGGAACCACGAGUGCAGGCACCUGACAGAGUACUUCACCUUCAAACAGGAGUGUCGGAUCAAGUACUCGGAGCGGGUGUACGACGCCUGCAUGGACACCUUUGACUGUCUUCCUCUCGCUGCCCUCCUCAACCAACAAUUCCUGUGCGUCCACGGGGGGCUGUCUCCAGAAAUCACCUGUCUAGACGACAUUAGGAAAUUAGACAGGUUCAAGGAGCCCCCCGCCUUCGGGCCCAUGUGUGACCUGCUGUGGUCCGACCCCUCCGAGGAUUACGGCAACGAGAAGUCGGUGGAGCACUUCGCCCACAACACCGUUCGGGGCUGCUCCUAUUUCUAUAGUUACCCUGCAGUUUGUGAUUUUUUGCAGAACAACAGUUUGCUCUCUGUAAUCCGCGCUCACGAAGCCCAGGACGCGGGGUACCGAAUGUACAGGAAGAGCCAGACCACGGGCUUUCCCUCCUUAAUCACCAUCUUCUCCGCCCCAAAUUACCUAGAUGUCUAUAACAACAAGGCUGCUGUCCUCAAGUAUGAGAACAACGUCAUGAACAUCAGGCAGUUCAACUGCUCCCCACACCCCUACUGGCUGCCCAACUUCAUGGACGUCUUCACGUGGUCGCUGCCUUUUGUGGGGGAGAAGGUCACCGAGAUGCUCGUUAACAUCCUCAACAUCUGCUCUGACGACGAGCUGAUUUCAGAUGGCGAUGAGACGCUGGAAGGUGGGACGACCGUCCGCAAGGAGAUCAUCAGGAACAAGAUCCGAGCCAUUGGGAAGAUGGCGCGCGUCUUCUCCGUCCUUCGAGAGGAGAGUGAGAGCGUGCUGACGUUGAAGGGCCUGACCCCCACGGGCACGCUGCCCCUGGGUGUGCUGUCCGGGGGCAGGCAGACCCUGCAGACCGCCACAGUAGAAGCGGUAGAGGCACGGGAAGCCAUCCGGGGCUUCUCCCCGCAGCACAAGAUCCGCAGCUUCGAGGAGGCUCGGGGUCUGGACCGCAUCAACGAGCGCAUGCCGCCGCGCCGGGACUCGCUGCACGCCGACGGGGCGCUGCACCUCCACCCCAACCCCAGCCCUGCCGACAAGAACAACGGCAAGAAGAGCCCCUGACGGCGCCCGGGAGCAGCCACAGCCCACGGAUUUUAUUUAUUUAUUGAUAUUUGGGAUGGGGGGGGGGGAGGGGAGGGGAAGGGGGGGGGCAGGGGGAGCAGUUUUCAGCCGCAGGCACCGCCGCGCUCCCGUCCGCAUGUUGGCAGGUGGCAGGUUCUGUCUUUUGGUUCUUAAUUUAUGUUUCAUAUAUAUAUAUAUAUGUAUAUACACACACACACACACACACACACACAUAUAUAUAUAUAUAAAAUAGCCCCUUUUUUCUUAAGUUGAGAAACCAGUGCAAAUGCAGGGCGUGUGGCUGCAGGGCGCUGUGCUGCGCGCCCCCCCCAGGCGGUGCAGCUCGGUGGUCCCACUCCAUGUCAGCCCCCAGCCUGGCACUGCUGGGCCCCUGCUGCUCUGUGUGUUGACCCCAUCCUUCGGCCCCGCUGAGUGCAGCCCUGGGACCCCACAGCAGGGUGGGGAGGCAGCGCUCCCAUCCCCCACCCCUUCGCCCCCCCCCUCCCCGCUCCAUCUGCAUCUUCCUGGGCUCCUUUAGGAUCCCCCCAUCCCACCUC